CUCAUUAACUCCUUUCUCUUUCAGAGCUUGAGAGGGAGAAGCUGAUGAAAUAUCUGGGAGAGGACAAUGAUCGGGAAAUCUUACUUCCUACUGUCACUCCUCCAAGCUGGACUGGCACAAAACUGGGAAGCCGACACUCCACGUGAGGUGACAGCACAGGAAGGUUCCUGUGCACAGAUUCCAUGUCAUUACAGGUAUCCUUUAGAUCUGGCAGACCAACAUCGAGAUGGAAUCUGGUUUAAUAACGAGAAAGUGGUCACAUCGUCGAUAGCCUUUCACUCCCGGGAUCACAGUCAAGAGUCGCCACAUUUCCACCAUCGGACCCGACUGUCUGGACACCUGAAAGAUGGAGACUGUUCCCUGAUUAUAAACAACAUCAGGCGGCAAGAUGCAGGACCUUAUCUUUUCAGAGUAGAAUUUGAGGGAAAGUCUAAAUACAGCUACAAACCCGUAACCCAGCUUCACGUUUCCGAAGGAGAGUUGCCUACUGCAUACUUUGAGGUAAUUUCUCCCAGUGACACAUACAGACAUCCUGGAAAGAUCGGAAACAACUCCAGAAGAGUGUUGCUAAACACAAUCAGCACGUGCCCCAUUUGUCCCUAA